ACUCAUCGUCAACAAUUCUGAUUAAGAAAAGUUCAUAAAUAAGCGAGGGUUUUAGGGUUCUGAAGCCUUUGCUUGUUGCGUGAGGCUGAGAAAACAUAAGAUCUUCCAUCUCUCCUCUCUGACCAAAUUCUGCCACUCCUAGCAGAAACAUCAAACAGUUUUCAGGGACCAAGUUAUUGUUUCCUCUCUCAUCUUUACAUUUCGAUUCCUUUCCGACAUCUUCAAUCCCCAAUCCUUUAGCAUAAGUCCAAAAGCCCGUUAAGCGAGUUUCCCGAUGUCUUCAGAAGUUGCAAUUCAAUGCUUGCUUGUUUCUUUUGUUUUUUUCCGCGCUUCCGGCGGUAUCGUCUGAAGCAGGACACUGGUUACUCCUCAAUUCCUUUUUCUCCUUACAAUGUUUUGAGCCUCUAUUGAAUAACCCACCAUUUUUGUCAUUUUUCUAAGCCUAAGAUUAGGCGAGUUAAUUAAAGACAUAAAUUGCUAAGAAAUUUGGAUUCUGGAUUUGUUCGUAUUUUAAUGGGUGGUAUUUCUUUUUUCCUUCUUUUUUUUUUUGGAUUUGGUGGUCGUAUUGUGCUAUGGGAUCUGUUGAAUGAAAUGGCAGAGUUAUUGGGGAUCAGCAGCAGCAUCAGUGCUAUCAAUUAGCAUUAGCCUUCAGAAUGGUGGCAGUUACAGAUGAGCAACAACAAGAACUGCGAGAGUGAAAAGAAGCUAAAAAGCAGAGAUUUUGAGUGCUACAAGAAAAUUGCAACAAAUUCUGACACUCCGGAAGACCGAAAAUCUUAGAGUAAGAACGCAGUCGUCAUCACCGCCCACUAAGCCUUAUCCAUCAAAUUACCCAUUCCACGCCACAAGAAAGAAACAAGAGAAAUUCCAGGCACACAUACCCAUCAUGAAUAGCUUCAGCUUCUCCAAAAUUUACAACUUCAAGAACAAGGCAUAGAUCCCACCCAACAAACAGUCCUACCCCAAACCAUAGAAUAUACAAAGGUAUAGAGAGAGAAUGGGAAUGAAGAGCGUUGGAGGAGAAAUAGUUCAAGUCCAAGGAGGCCACAUUAUUCGAUCCACAGGACGCAAAGACCGCCAUAGCAAGGUCUAUACGGUAAAAGGUCCUAGAGAUCGCAGGGUCCGGUUAUCAGCCCACACUGCGAUUCAAUUCUAUGACGUUCAAGACAGGCUAGGCUAUGACAGACCCAGCAAAGCAGUAGACUGGCUCAUCAAGAAAGCCAAGUCAGCUAUCGACAAGCUUGCUGAGCUACCACCAUGGCACCCAAAUACUAACACUUGUACUGCUGUGGAAACUGAUGAGCCUAAUGCUUGCUCUGGUGAAAUGGCUAUAGCAGAGCAAUCAGAAUCGUCUGGAUACAAUUAUCAGCUUAGGCAGUUCGACAAUAACCCAAACAAUGAUUCUUCUUUCGGUGCACAACAACUUGGGAACGACGCCAUUGCUGAUACCCUGAAAUCUUUCUUUCCCACUAGCACCACUGCUUCUUCAAUCAAUUUUCCAAGCUACCCACCUGAUUUAAUCUCAAAAACAAGGAUCCCCACCGAAGAUCUCGGCCUAUCUCUUCACUCAUUUCAAGACCCAGGUCUAAUUCACAGCCAUUCUCAGGGAGACACAAGGCAUACGCCAUCAACCGGUCAGACCCUUUUUGCGGGCUCAGCUCAAGUAGGGUUUGAGACCAAUUUUCAGCGAAUGGUAGCUUGGAGUACGAACACCAGUGGAGAAGAUACCAGUGCUGACUUUGUCUUCAACUCGCUGCCAUUGGCACAGCAACAAGCAUUGGUAGGGCAAGGCUCAACAUUUUCUCAAAGGGGACCCCUUCAGUCCAGUUUUUUAGAAUCCGUUCGCACUUGCGAUGAUUUGCCGGUUGCUUCCACAGACCAUCAUAAAAGACAGGAAAUUCACGAAGCAUCCAUAUUUGGGAGCCGAUUUGCAUCUGAUGGAUUGCCAAGGUUUAGCAUUCGGCCACUAAUUCAUGGAGAGGAGGAGCAUAGUUCUGUUUCAAAUAGACCAUCUUCUUCUCCCAAUUCUUACUGCUGAUUGGAGAACCGAGCAUCUCCCUUUUUCAUAGAUCAAUAAGUAGCUUGGUUACCUUAUCGUGGAGAAAAGCUCCAAGUCUUUUUUUGGUAAGUGUCUAAGGAAGCUUAUUAAAGCCUAAGGUGUCGAGUCAUGUUCCGUUGAUGACUCUAUCUUAUUUACUUAUGUUAAUAUGAUAUUGUACACUUUUAUGUUAUGUAGCCAUGGAUUGGCAUUAUACUUGGCACGGAUAUUUAAUUUUAACGAAUGUGAUGACUUGUAA